AUGCUGUCCACCCAGAGGCACAGUACCAGCAUUCUGACCAGAAAGGAAAUCCUGGAAAAUGGAUUCUUGGCCAGCUCCUCCAGCCAUAGCUAUUCUUCUCCUGUUGUGAGCUAUUACAGGGACUCUGGCAGUGCUUCCAAACACGACACCUGGGAGCUUCCUGUGGACUUGGACAACACAGCAAGUGGCAGUUCUCUGUGUGUUGUCAAGCAGGUGGAGUCUCUGAGCAGCUGUGUGAUGACUGAGCUGCACAGCCUGACCCAGAGCAUCUCUGACCUCAGUCUUGUCUGCUUCUGCAAGGGCCACUGUGGCCAGACCUCGCUUGAGCUCUCUGGUUUUCCCUGUGAGCACCCCAGCAGAGAUGGCUGCCUGAUGAAUGUGGCAUCACAGUACACCUCGACACCUUGCAAGAACUACAAACCACUGGAGAGCCUGCUCUUCAAGAGCUCUGAGCUGUCUGGAGAUGUCUCAGCACUUGGGAAAGUGCCAGCACCCAGGUGGGACAUCUCAGCAAUAAAAUCCUUUAUGGAUACCAGCAUGUCCCUCGAUGUCAGCUCUGAGGAGUUAUGCUUACUGGAAUGCUCCAAACCAGCCACAUCACCCCUGGACCUGUGUUUCUGCACGAUGUUCUGUGACGCUGCCGGGUGCCUGUCCCCCUCCUGGGAGGAGCAGGGAUCCGCGCUGCAGCACAGAAGGUGCUGCCAGCGGCUUGAGUGGUGA